AUUCGCUCGAUCUCAAGCACUCUGGACGCGUUUCGCUCUGAAAACUGUUCUGCUCCGUAUUUCUCUUUCACUCUCUCUCUCUCAUUCUCUCUCUUUCUCUCUCUCUCUCUUUCUCUCUCUUUCUCUUUCUCUUCCUUGAUACGCAUAGGUACGUGGCGCGUGCACGAGACGUCAAUCGCACGCAUAGAGUGUAGAGAGAGAGAGAGAGAGAGAGAGAGAGAGAGAAACAUUGAGCUGAUCCGAUGCUUUGGCAAUGCAGACGUUCAAUCCUCACGCUAUUCGUGAAGCUGCGACGAACUUCGCAAAAUGAUGAGACUACCUCAACGACGGGGGAUGAUCGCCUUGCUAUAUCCGGUUGCUCGAGAUUUAAAGGAUAUCGAAGAAAACGCCUCAUUCGUGUCAAAGUUUUAAAGAUGUUGUCGCCGAGACGAUCGGAUUCGGAGAGUACAGCCGGGGGCAGCAAAGACGACGAAAACGGUGCAAAGGCGUUCCUAUCGACAGGACGAACAGGAAGAAGGAACGCUUUACCAGAUAUUCAUGGAAGACAUGCUGCGACCGGUAUCUCCGAUCUACCAGAUCGUUUCGGAGAGUUAUCUACCGAAGCAGAUCGUAGCAUGAACGUUGCUGGACGUGAAUCAAAUCAGCCGAGUAUGUCGAAACAACAUGUUGGUUGACAGACACGUUACUCUUAUUUAUUCGAUCAAAUCUUGUUCUGCUCAGGUGGCAAGCCUGUCUAAUACAAAUUUAUAUUGAAGGAACGAUAUAUAAUCAUGCUCGUUCUAAUAACAGAUACACACACACACACACACACACACACAGUGCGAUAGUACGCAUGGAGAUAUAUAUACAAAUAUUAAUAAGACGCCUUCCGUGCUCUUUAAAGUUGAAAGGAUCGAAAUCUUUUCUUUGAUCUCUCUUUCUUUCGAAUAGCAAUGGUCCGUCCAACUAUUGCUAUCUUUAUUUAACACACUUAUCUAUGUAGUUUCGUUCAUUUCUGUUUUCGUUCGUUGUCUAAUCGAAUUUACAAAUCGCAAUGGUGCUCUACGACACGCGUAUAAUAAUAUUUCUAUAAACGAUUUUUCUUUUGUGAAAUAACGAUUAAGCAUUAAGAAGCUAAUACGAACGUAUAACGAGAUAGUAUAAUACUGCGAUAAACUCUAUUUGUUUUUUUUUUUUUUUCUUUCUUUCUUUUCUUUUUUCUUUUGAGUUAAUUCUUUAUUUUUACGAUUAAUUAAUACAUUACAUUUUUAUCUUUGUACUUACGUUGUUGUUAAAUUCUUUUACGUAAGGACUCGAAUAUUUUCUUUCGAUCUAUUUCAUUAAAACUGGAAGUAGAACUCGAUUAGAUCGCUAUCGGCAAUAAUAUCAUUUUUCGUUAGAUAUUGGUGAUGUAAAUUAUUUAUGACGACAAACGAUUUUAAUCGCGCACUUAUUGGUAUAACACGUUAUCUUAUUAUCGUUGUAUACGUUAUUUAUAAUUCGCAACAAGCAAUUCUUACAGUAUUUUGACUAAUAUAUAAAUAGAGAGAAAAGAGGGAGGUUUUAUAAUAGAUGAUAUUUCAAGUUUUUACGGACGAAACUCUUAUGGUGUGUGUGUAUAUACAUAUAUGUAUACAUACACACAUUCUUCGUGUAAAUACGUCAUCUCUUUUUUUGUAUAAAAAGAGUGUCCUGUCUGUUCGGAUAGAUGCCCUUUGUUUGUGAGUUAUUGCGAAAACGAUUAAAAGGAUGAUAAGAUAUUUCAUGGAUAGCACGCAUGUGUCCUUUAGUAUUACAUAAUUGUACAUACGAUAGAUCAGAGAAAUAUUCGAUCAUUUUUUUCAAAUUUUAAUUAGUAUGAACGGAAGUAGAUGCAGUAAUAAGUAGUUACGGAAGCGAACGAUUAUUUAGUUUUACAAAGUGACCGAAUAUUCCUAUGAUCUACUGUUCCACUUACAUUUUAUCGUAUGUAUAUGUAUACACACGAAUGUAAUCUCUAUAGUCUUUACGCGAGGAAGAAAUAUUUUUGGAUUGUAAAACUUAUUGUUAGGUAUCGUUGUAAUUUAUAGAUAAGUCUUUAUAUGCAAUAAUUUUCACGUGAUCGUUCUUUCGAUCGCAAUCGUUAUCGCGUUUUCGUAUUUCUGAAAAAAAAAAAAGAAAAAAAGGAAAAAAAAACGAUAAUUAUAAAUUUCAUAAAUAAUCAUUAUUUUAAAAGUACACAAGUAUUUAUUAGAUUUACACUGUCGUUUCCAUCUUUUUUUUAUUUUUUUAUUUGAAAGAUCAAAUUGGUAAAGAUUAUUAUAAUGAUUGGAAUAAAAUGACUAUAGUAUUAAUGAUAAGAUAAUUGUAAAACUCGAAAUUCGAUAGUAAUAUAAAGUAAUCGUCAUAUAAUAAAGUAAUGCGAGUUUAACAUUUGAAAAAUAAAAUAGUAUGUAUAAAACCUCUAUAAUAUUGAUAAAGUGUAACGAUUUUUAAUUAAUGUAAUGAUUUCGUGCGAAUGCAUUUAAAAAGAUUUUCGAAUCUUUGACGAUAAGGAAUUGUUAUUCAGAAGGAAUACGUGUGACUCUCUUCGCUCCUUGAUGGAUAAUGAGCAUUGAUAUUUUCUUCGACAUUGAAAUUAAAUGAACGUGUUUAUAUUGGUGUGUACUACAUACGUACAUACAUAUAUGCAUAUGUAAGUACAAUAUAUACACAUAACGAAUGUAAACAAAUUAAGUUGACCUGUCCUUAUAUGCGUAUAUCACAUGUGUUUAUUUGUGGGCCCGCAUUAAUCACGAUUUAAUGUCAAUUUUCAAUUUAACAAAGUUUUUUUUUCCCCGUAACAAAUAUGUACAUAUACGAAUAACGACGAGAUUAUUUACUUUUAGUACGAAAAAAGUUCAGUAUAUGACGAAACAGUUACUAGUAAAGACGAUCGAUAUACACAUCGUAAAAGUAUAUAGAUGAGUCAUCGAAGAUCGUACGAACUAGCCUUUGCGCGAAUGUGUGCGUUUAUUAAUUAUUGAAGAAUUUUAAGGAAUCUCAUCUCGCAAAGAGAAAAGCGCGUUCGAUGAAAGCAUGUUUAUGUAUGUAAGAUAUAUGUAUCAAGAUGUAAUAUACAAGAUCUGAUUCAUUCGUAUCGUAAGGGUAUUAAGAGGGGUGGGGGUUGGAGAUGAGGGGAGGGGGGUAGAAGAAAAAAGAAUAAAGUCCUAUAUUGUUUUUCUUCAAAGGUCCAUUAAAUCCGUGAUACAACAUACUUUAUAUCGGUUUCUAUGGGAUACGAGAAGAAGGAUAACGAAGGUUUGUAAAACUAUAUAGAUAGUAAUCAUUAAAGAUGGUUUAUAGAUUGUUAAGCGAACGAACAAGGUGCAAGCUCGCACAAAGAGAUUUACGUAUAUUUCUAUAUAUGUUUGUGCAUCUUUACAUAUACAUUAAUAUGCAUGUGUUGUUAACGUAGUACAUAAAUACAUAUGUAUUGCAACUAUGUAUGAGAUGUAUGUGUAAGCGAGUCGUGCUUUUACUUGGAAGCCAAUGCAGCUGCGACCCUAUGACGAUGGAAAAAUUUUGUUUGCACAGCUUGUCAGUAAGGUGUUUGCGUUUACGCGUUGCUCUUUUCAUCAACCGGUAUAUGUAUAGAUAUUCUAGAUAUAUAAAUGCGCGCACAAUACUGGUUAUGCCGUUAGGGUGGAUUCUUAUCAGAUCGUCGACACCCCUAAUACGAGAACGAAAGCCGCAACAACGUUCAUUCGCGCUAUCAUCAAGAGGAUGAUGGAUGUAUCCAACUUUGAUAUGCGCAUGACGUAUCUUACGUGAUCAUUAAGCAUUUCUGAAAAUAAAUACACUUGCUAUAUUAUGUCAGUAUAAGUCGUUUGACGAGCUUAUAAGACAUUCGCUCGUUAUCGUUAUUUGAAAAUGAAGAGUCACUGUAAAUUGUAACUCUAUUUUGUUUUUUUUCGGACAUUUAAUGAUAAGUGAGUGAGAGAGAGAGAGAGAGAGAGAGAGAUCGAUAAUGUCGAUAAAAUACACACACACUCAAAUACAUGAUCGCGAAUAAUUAUUUAAAAAUAUACCACAAAUACAUAUUCUACUCUUGUA